AAGAACUGAUAAAAAAAAUUAAUGAAACGUGAAUAACGUGAUUUAAAAAUCAUCAAAAUGCUGCGAAUUUGAAUUAAAUAAUCAUUAUUAAUUUCGUAUUACUUUCGGAGUUCAUUUAAUGUGAUGUGGUGAUCAUGUAAUGAAGAACGAGUUCUGCAAUUUCUGCGGAAUUCUUGAGAUUUCUUCGCUUCAAACAUCAAACGUAUGCUUUCGGUGUUCUAUUUACCACUUGAACACUACUUGAAAAUUGAAUCCUCUCGAUAUGAUUCUCUAGGAAAAAUAUAGAUUUCUGUGAUUUGAAAAUGUGAUUGAAUGGGACGUUAUAUCGUCGCCUAGUAUAUCAUGAUUUCUACCAAUAAACUUUCCAAAUCAGAGGUCUAUUUUUAUUUUCUGAGCUGGACUGUAGGAAUAUUUUAUUCAGUUUAUCAUGUCUACAUUAUUGGAAACAAAUUCAUAUACUUAUUUGAGUACGUUCUUGGUCCUGGAUGGUCGUUCUUGAAUCGUAAAAAAGACAAGUGUGACGAUGAAUGGGAAAUAUGGGUAGAUUUUAUCAUCAACAAGCUCGGUGUUUGGAUUUUGAUUCAUCAUCUUGGUGCUAGAAUCUUGAAUACGUUUUGCGUUAAAGUGCUUCCUUCCUGGUAUUUCCUGAUUACCUCUGCAUUUCUAGUCUUUCACUAUGAUAUUCGUAUAUUUUUAAUUUUUUUAUUCCAACCGGUGAUAUUUUCAGUAUUUAUUAGUAUUACAAAAUCAAAAAUUUUACUCUGGAUAUUCUGCUAUGUAACAUGUUCUGUUUCCUCUUAUUUUUUGAUAUCACUGUACGACGAUCUCUACAAUGAAGAAAUCCAACUGAUGUCUGCGACUUUGAUGUGGAUUUACUUGAGAUGUAUUAGUUUCAGUAUUUUUAGCCAAUCCAAAAAAUUCAAUUGGGUUCUAAUUUGCAGUUUUUUUAGCUACGUUUUCUAUCUACCUUCCUUUUUUCUGGGCCCUAUCAUACUCUAUGAUGAGUUUUAUGAAAAAUUGAAUUUUAAAUCCAACAGAGGCACUUAUAAGUCAUGCGGUUGGUUGAUAUUUCAAAAUUUACGUUACUUCGCAUGGCUAUAUUUUACCGAAUUUUUGCUCCAUUUUGUCUAUAUUAAUUGCCAGCAACCGUAUACACAAUUACUGAUAGACACGAAAAAUGAGAACGUGUGGAUCAUGUAUGGAAUUGGAUUCGCCAUGGGACAAUUUUUCUUUUUGAAAUAUACAGUUGUGUAUGGAUUGGCGUUAACAUGGACCAAGGCAGAAGGAUAUGAAACACCUAACCCACCGAAAUGCAUUGCGAGAAUAUAUCUAUACUCUGAAAUGUGGCGAACUUUUGAUCACGGUCUUUAUAUAUUCAUUAAGAAGUACAUCUUUGAUCCUUGUGUGAAAUUUUUCAAAUCUGAAACACUAUUUUGCAAAGUAUGGGUUAGCUUUGUGUGCUUUGCGUUCAUUUACAUUUGGCAUGGUCAGCAUUAUUUCAUAUUCAUGUGGUCCUUUCUCAAUUACUGCGGCAUAAUGACUGAAACUAUUGCGAGAAGAAUUUCAAAAACUACGCUUUAUUUUCACAUCAAGAAUUGGCUGGGACCAAGAAAUGAACGAAGAUGUUUAGCUUUUAUUGCUGCUCCUUUGACUAUAAUUUCUGCUAUAUCGAAUUUCUAUUUCAUCGGAGGUGUAGAAGUAGCUGAGAGUUAUUUGAAUUUUUUCUACAAACAUGGUACCUAUUUCAGUCUAGGUUGCCUAUGGUUUUUUGUUUACGCUCUAUGUCAUGUUUCAAUGGAAUUAAGUGCCAGGGAGAAUUUGAAAAGGCACAAUCUAAUCCAUAAAUUGUAAUUUUGCUCUUAUUCCGUUUUAUACAUAUUUUGUAGAUUUUAUUGAAUUGUUGUUCAAUAUAAAAAAAUAUCAAUGAA